AGCCUGAGGAAGAUGUGUGACCAUCAGCAGCUGCAGCCCUGCCCCCCCGUACCCGUCUGCUGUGUGAAAGGCUUGGGGUUGGGACCCUCUGCGGACCAAGGGAAAAUCUUCCCGGGAUCGGCUCCGGGAUCGGCUCAGGCCCAGGCGGGCUUCACCUUAUGCCAGUCCUCAUCUCAGGUGUCCUCCACCCAGAGCCAACGAGUGUCCCUCACCCCUGGCCAAGAUUCUUCCGUGGGGUACCAGUGUCCACCCCAGGCGGGCUACGUGAUGUGCCAAUCCUCGAGUCAGGUGUCCUCGACCCAGGGCCAAGACUCCUCCGCUGGGUGCCAGCCUCCGUGCCCAGCCCGGACAGGCUACGAGACGUGCCAGUCCUCGAGCUCAGCCGCAACCUUUGACAUCCAGGACUCAGGCCUGAUCCAAGCCUUCCAGGGACCGGGUCCGGCUCUGGCAUCCUACGUCCACUGUUCCCCCGUGUACUACAAGGAAACUUAUUACGUGCCAUGCGCAGCGCCUUGCCCGGUCCAUACCUACUACGUGGAGUGCCCGGUUCAGACGUCCUACGUGCAGUGCCCUGCUCUGUGCCAGUCCCAGACCUCCUACGUGCGGUGCCCAGCCCCGUGCCAACCGCAGGCAUCUGCAAGGAGCCACGCAGCCCUGUGCCAACCUCAGGCACCCGCAGGGAGCCACCCAGCUCUGAACCAACCUCAGGCACCCGCCAGGAGCCGCCCAGCGCUGGACCAACCUCAAGUGCCUCCCCGGAGGUGCCCGGGGCUCCGCCCUGCUCAGUCCUGCCAAUGGUGCCCGCCCCGCCUGCCUAGGAGCGCCUCCACUGUCCUUCCCGCUCCGGCUCCCGGGGCUUCCUUGGGCCUCUGCGGGCCUCCCCGCUGUGCCCUGCAGGGUCCCUGGAGGAGAUGCGGGCCCAAAUACCGCGCAGAGAUCUGUUCGCCCAACUACCCGCAGCAAGUUCCCCCCAGGAGACCCCCCGUGCGCAUUCCUCCCAUCCGGCGCUCCGUCUCCUGCUCCGACCAGCAAUUCCCGGUCCUGGAUCCCGGAUUCUCACGUUGCCGCGUUCCUUCCCCGCCACCCCGGGGCUCCCGCCCCUCCUGGUGGGACCUGGGAGCCGGGGACACCUCGGAUCUUUCCCCGAAGGCCAGAGGCUCCGGAUUCGGCCGGGAGUCUGGAGGGUCCGGAUGUGCCCGUGAAGAGUUCCAAGGAUCCGGGAAUUCCGGAUGCGGCCAGAGGGGAGAGUGUCGGGGAUCUGGGAAUUCUGGAGGUGGCAACGGAGGAGAAUGCCAGGGAUCUGGAAAUUCUGGAUGCGGCCGGAGGGGAGAGGUUCAGGAAGCGGAGAAUUCUGGAGGUAGCAGCGGAGGAGAAUGCCAGGGAUCUGGGAAUUCUGGAGGUGGCAGCGGAGGAGAAUACCAGGGAUCUGAGAAUUCCGGUUGCGGCUGUGAAGAAGCUCCCCGGGGAUUGGGAAAUUCUGGCGGCAGCAGCUGCCGUGGAGAAGAUCGCUUAAUUCCGGGCAACUCCGAGUGUUUGCCGGAAGACUGCAAAAAGCCUGCAAAUAACAACUGCGAAAAGCAAAGGCCGUAG